CGUGGCGGACCGCACGUGACACCGACACAUCGAAAAAAAAAAGAAGCUGUCUUCCCUACAGCAAAAAAAAAAGGCGUCCAGCGCCUUCUUUACCUCCCCCACCGCAUCCUUCGCCUGCUUCGCCACAUUAUCCUUCACACUGCUUAUGUCCUGGGCGGCGCCUCCAAUGCUCCUGGAUUUCACCGUGUGACCGAGAACAAGGGCCUUCUCGUGCGCACGCUUCACCGCAGUCCUCGCUUUCCCUAUUUCUGCAUAAAAAUCAGUUGCCCAUUCCUUGACCUCAUGUACCCCCAUGCCUGGCAUACUCUGCAAUGUCUUUCACGCGUUCAAGCUGUACCUGAGGCGUCUCUGCGACAUCCCGAGCCAUAUCCUCAGCUGUCACACAACUGCGCGCGCAGCACAAUAAUCGGCACCGUCAGUAUUGCUUAG